GGCUUAAGAGAAUAUAUUCGUUUCAACAUAUAAUUAACCACAUAUAUCUUAAUCUGACACGCUCGAGUAUGUACAAUGAUCGUGUUUUUUUUCUUAAUCUGACAGGCUCUCCUAGACAAUUCCCCCUAUAUACAGGUCUAAUUUUUGGUAGAGGUAAUCUACAGGGUCCAAAGUAUGUCCCCUUAUAUAUGACACACUCGAUUAAAUCCCGAAUUUACCUCUUCGGCUUCCCAACUAAGAAUAAUAGAUCAAUUUUAUUGCAGUUAAAAAAAAUGAAAACUAGCCAAACAACAAUAACAAUUAUAUAUGGAGUUAAUUUAAUCCACUGUAUUAAACAGAAAUUAACAAUGAUAUUACGAGAACAAUGAUAUUUCGAGACAUUGUUUGAAUUGGCAACCAGAGUAUUUGAAUCUUCUGUAUCCUUUUGUUCAUGUGACAAUAUUUAUCUACAAGUCGUAGGUAUCUGAGUUCAAUGAAUACAAUAUGGAAAAAAAUUGAUUCAAAAAUCUCCGACUGAAUUACAUGAUCAUCACAAGGAUAAGUUUUUUCAGUACUAGACAAAUAUUUUGCUAUCGCAAUGGUUUCUUAAGGAAAAUAUGGAGAUUCCAAAUAAAAAUGUUGCAUCCACCAUUGACGUUCAACAGGAAGAAGUGAUAUUUACUGAAACAACAAGCAAACCUUCUCUUCUGCAAAAUAUAAAGAACAUUAUGAGAAAUAUUACGGUAGAACCAAUAGCCUUACUAUCGAUAACACCAAAACUGAUCUGUGGACUAGCGUUAGAGAAUUUAUGCCUGGAAAAGGCAUGUCUGGUUAACUUAUCUCUGAACGAAACAAUCUGUCAAGCCAUGGUGUUGAGGGAUCGCUCUGGAUAUGCUCCAGAAGAUGAAGUAGCCGUUCAGAGGGUGGUAUCUAAAAUGCUACCUUACAAAUCUGCUAGUCAUAUCAUCCAAAUUUUCUUCAUACUGAUGAUAGGCAGUUGGAGUGAUAGAACAGGAAGAAGGAGAUCUAUGUUCAUUGUUCCUUAUAUUAGUGAUAUUAUAGCUAUCCUUGGCUACCUGUUGUGCGUUUACUUCUUUCUGGAACUGGGAGUUGAAUAUCCCGUUUUCUUCGAAGCUUUUUUCUCAUAUUCCUUAGGAGGAAUUCCUUUGCUUAUGGCAGGAAUGUAUAGCUACAUUGCCGGGAUAACUGAUAUCAAGUCAAGAACAGUCAGGGUUGGUGUAGCUGCCACGGUAUUACGAAUUUCUAUGACUUUAGGUAUAGCCUUGAGUGGAGUCAUGUUCAGAUAUUUAGGUUUUUAUGGAGUGUUCCUCAGUGCAUUAGGAAUGAAUCUUAUUGGUUUUUUUUACAUAUUCGUUGUUGUAAAGAGAGGCCAACCAAAUGAAAAAUAUAUUGAAAAAAGAAGAAAUGUCUCAUGUUGUCGACUCCUGUGGAAUGGUAUUGCCGAGAGCUUAUCAAGCAUUUUGGAGAUCUGUUUCAAAUCCGGGCCGAAUAGGAGGAGAACAAAAAUGAUUUUACUGCAGUUAAUCAAUAUUGUGUCAUUUGGAAUUAUGACAGGUGAAACUUCGGUUCUUUAUAUGUUCACUAGAAAACAAUUUGGUUGGGAUGAAGUAGACUACAGCAUUUUCAAGUUUUACAAAACAAUUCUUCAAGUAUUGGGCUGUGUUUUCGCUCUCGCAGUUUUUGCCAAAUAUCUUCGAUGGAAUGACAUUCAAUUAGCUUUACUGUCUUGUUUUAGUAGGUUCACUGGCACAGUUAUCAUGGCUUUCGCACAAAAUAGAAUCCUGCUAUAUACAGGCGCCCUGAUUGAUGUUUUCAGCGGAGUCAUUGUAAUUGCUGUACGAUCUAUGAUCACGAAAACGGUAGAUAAGAAUGAGCAAGCAUUGGCCAAUUCCUUAACUGGUGUCCUUGAUUCAUUUGGAUCCUUUCUGAUGGGUUCUCUUUAUGCCUUUGUAUACUAUCGGACGUUAGCCAUAUUUCCAGGACUAUUCUUCUUAGUUUCGAUGCUUUUAUACAUUCUGAUUUUAGGGAUGGUACUCAUAAUCAAGAAUAUUUCUUUUGGUAAUAAGAACGAUAACGAAGUGGAAAAUGAAGACUGAAUCAUAGAGAAGAAAUAAAUCAAUUUUUA